UUGCAGUUGCACAAGUUAUUCCAGGCCUCAAGAUCACGUGACUACAGCAUAUUCAAGAUAAACAUAAUCAAAUUUUAUAACGGAAGUGUUGGAGUCGAAUUUGAUGUCACUGCCGAGUUGAUCAACAAUACGACAUUGUGGUCAGCUACACAAAGCAUCACGGGAUCGAUAUGGAAAGAAACUCGUGGAAAAGCCUCAAAGUCUUUGCAUUUUUCGUCUUUGCAAGUUCAAGCUUCUCCACCGCCACCAGUCAAYGUCACUAAAAAUGACRUCACUACCAAGUCGGCCACCAUUGGUUGGUCAGCACCUGCCUACCACGACCCAUAUAACAUCACUAGCUACACUAUCGAGUACAAGAAGGCAGACACUAAAAUGGAGUAUUUCAGAGUCGAUUCCGUAGACUCUGAUAAAACAAGAGUUAUUGUAAAGGAUUUAAGCCAUGAUACGCGAUAUAUGAUGCGUGUUGUGUCAAUGAAUGCGUACGGACAAAUGCCGAGUCAGGAUUUGAUUGUACAAACUCAAAGUGAGGAACACAACAAUAAAAAGAAUCCCGACUCAGAACCACAUCUAGCAUCUCUAGAUAUCAUUAUGCUGUUGAUAGCAGCCAUCAUUCUCCUUUCACUCAUAUUUGGAGUUUUAUCCUGGAGAUGGUUGCGUAAGAAACAGAAAAGGGAGAAAGAGUUAAAAGAACGGAUCAAUAGGCUAAUGGAAAACCCUUACGACUGCGAGGUGGACUGGUUCAAGCUUUUUAAAAUCGAUGUCGUUAAGCCAUGGUGGGAGAUACCUCGUGGUGACCUCACCCUCCAGAAUCAGAUCGGUUCAGGGGCGUUUGGCAACGUGUUUCAAGGAUUUCUGAAAUUCACAGAAGACGGGGAAGAGCGUGGAAAGUACUGCGCAGUGAAAACUUUAAAAGAAAAUUCGACCGGGAAAGAAGCCCGUGACUUCUGCAGAGAAAUCAAAAUCAUGUCGACCAUUGGUGACCAUCCCAACAUAGUCAGCCUUAUUGGUGCGUGUACAACCAAUGGUCCUCCAUUGAUUGUAGUUAAAUUUGCGCCAAACGGUUGCCUUCUUGACUACAUCAAAGAGACCAGGCCACUGCCUCUAUAUGAAAACCAACCUCAAGAUCGUAGUCGCAAAGGAAUUACCGCGAAAGAACGAUUGAGGUUUGCGCACGAUGUUGCAAAAGGGAUGUCUUAUCUUGAAAACCAGAGGUAUAUACAUCGCGACUUAGCAACUCGGAACAUCCUUCUUGGCAAAGACAUGGUUGCCAUGGUUUCAGACUUUGGUUUGUCACGUGACRUUUACGAGUCGGGUGUUUACGAGAAUACUUGUGGGGGUAUUCUUCCUGUGCGAUGGAUGGCUCCCGAAUCUCUUCAAGACUUUAAAUACAGUACAGCAACUGAUGUGUGGUCCUAUGGAGUUCUKUUAUGGGAAAUCGAAAGUCAAGGGUUGGUUCCGUAUGGAGGACUUUCCGGUCUUCAGAUCCUCCAUCACCUACAACAWGGCUACCGACUACCCAAACCACCUGACACGUCACGUGAAUUSUAUUCGAUCAUGUGGAAAUGCUGGAGCCCGGAUCCAAAGCAAAGACCAACAUUCUUUGACCUGGUUUACCAAGUUGGAGGACUUUUAGCUGGUSUACAGGAAUAUAACCAAGACAUUAUCGCCGACAUACACCACCAGUCAGCGGUUAUACUACAAAAUCACCACCWAAGAGACAGUCAAGACAUAAACGAUGCUAUACCUCUAGACGACAUAAGGACAUAAGGACUGUUGAUAUGGCGUGUUUAUGUUCCAUAUAUGCUCUGAUUUUAUUGACGCAGUGCAUCCUGGUAUUGAUGAAAUUAUCAAGAUGGUCGUCCUAUAAAAUCUAAUGACGAUAAAGUUUCUAAGAACACUAUCAAUUGCUAAAUAGCUAUUGAA